GCGACAAUAAAAUGGAAUCUUUUGAAACCUAUCAAACACCUCUGUCCAGUCGAUAUGCGAGCAAGGCAAUGGCGUACCUCUUUUCCCCAGCACAUCGAUUUCAUACAUGGAGAGAACUAUGGCUAAGCCUUGCGAUUGCUGAAAAACAGCUUGGUCUGCCGAUUUCAGAUGAAGCAAUUGAGCAAAUGAAGGCAAACCUGGACCUUACGCCUGAGCAGUUUGACACUGCAGCAAAAGAAGAGAAAAAACGUCGCCAUGAUGUUAUGGCCCAUGUGCAUACAUUCGGUCAGGUUGCGCCAGCCGCAGCAGGUAUUAUCCAUUUGGGGGCUACAUCUUGCUAUGUGACCGAUAAUGCCGACCUUAUAUUUAUUCGCACUGCCCUCACAUACCUUAUGCGUUCAUUGGCUGUCCUUAUAUCCCGUCUAUCGGCAUUUGCAGCACAAUAUCGCGCGCUUCCAACUCUUGGGUUCACCCAUUUCCAACCAGCGCAGCUGACCACAGUAGGCAAAAGAGCAACGCUGUGGAUCCAGGAACUUCUGUGGGAUCUCCGAAACAUUAAGCGUUCCCGUGAUGAUAUAGGUUUCCGCGGUGUCAAAGGUACUACUGGCACACAAGCUAGUUUUUUGGCCUUGUUUGAUGGCGACCAUGACAAGGUUGAGGAACUGGAUACCCUGGUAACCAAGUUAUCGGGUUUUGAAUACGCAUAUCCUGUGACAUCGCAGACCUAUUCUCGGAAAAUCGACAUCGACGUUCUCUCUCCGUUGGCAUCAUUGGGAGCUACGGCACAUAAGAUUGCGACUGAUUUGCGUUUGUUAGCCAAUUUGAAGGAAGUGGAAGAACCAUUUGAGUCUACGCAAAUUGGUUCCUCUGCAAUGGCCUACAAGCGGAACCCGAUGCGUUCUGAGCGUGUCUGUAGUCUCGCAAGGCAUCUCAUGACGCUGCACCAAAAUGCUCUCAUGACUUCGAGUGUCCAAUGGUUCGAGCGUACCCUAGAUGAUAGUGCCAACCGUCGGAUCACCCUUCCCGAAGCAUUCCUGACAGCCGAUAUAGUGCUAUCGACGCUCCAGAAUGUCUCCGAGGGGCUUGUGGUAUAUCCCAAAGUCAUUGAACGUCGUAUAUCUCAAGAGCUGCCUUUCAUGGCGACCGAAAAUAUUAUUAUGGCCAUGGUCAAGCAGGGUGGGGAUAGACAAGAAGCUCAUGAAAAGAUUAGGGUGCUCUCCCACGAAGCUGCAUACCAAGUAAAGCAACUCGGUUUGGAAAAUGAUCUCAUUGAACGCGUGCGGAACGAUGCCUAUUUUGACCCUAUCAAGGGACAGCUGGAGGAGCUGUUGGAUCCGCAGAGCUUUGUCGGCCGUGCUCCCGAGCAAGUUGACAAAUUUCUGAGGGAGUGGGUAAGCCCAGCCCUUGAUGAUGGUGAACUAAAGGAGGCCAUUGAGAAAGGUGGGAAGAUCGAGCUGCAUGUUUGAUUUCAUCCAUGUGUGUUCAGACCAAUAGGGGUUAAUAAAUAGUGUAUUGGAGCUGAAGGAGAUCAUGGGUCAUGAUGUGUACAGCCCAGCAUGAUUAUCAUUCUCCACUGAUGGCGGUGAAUGUCACAAAUAGCCUCU